AUGAAUUCGAGAUGGGUGAUACAGAAACUGACCUCUCACAUUCCUUCUUGCUUGUCUACCAUUUUCUCCCCUUCGAAAACCCUAACCCGAGAGACCCCAAGCUACCAAGUCUCCACUUUUCUCCUCACACAUGUCGAUAUAAGCCUUCUCUUAUCCAUCUGCGGAAGAGAAGGCUGGUUUCCUCAUCUGGGUCCUUGUCUCCACGCUUCCAUUGUCAAGAAUCCUGAGUUUUUCGAGCCUGUAGAUGCUGAUAUCCAUCGAAACGCUCUCGUUGUUUGGAACUCUUUGCUCGCUCUGUAUGUUAGACGUGGAAAGUUAGUUGAUGCGCUCAAGCUGUUCGACGAAAUGCCUAUGAUAGAUAGUAUUUCGCAGAAUACAUUGUUUAGUGGGUUUCUGAAGAACCGAGAGAUCGAGUCUGGUUUUAUAUUGCUUAAACGAAUGGUUAGGUCGGGUGGGUUUGAUCAAGCAACCUUGACGAUUGUUUUAUCUGUGUGUGAUAUACCAGAACUCUGUUUGGUGACCAAGAUGAUUCACGGUUUAGCAAUUUUAAGCGGUUAUGACAAGGAAAUUUCUGUGGGUAAUGCAUUGAUCACAUCCUACUUCCACUGUCGAUGUUCGGUUUCUGGGAGACGGGUUUUUGAUGAGGUGGUGCAAAGAAAUGUCAUCACUUGGACGGCUGUGAUUUCCGGUCUUAUACAGAAUGAGUUGCAUGAAGAUGGUCUAAGAUUGUUUAGUUUGAUGCGUGGAGGAUUGGUCCAUCCAAACUCUGUAACAUAUCUGAGUGCUCUAGCUGCUUGUUCAGGCUCACAGAGGAUAAUGGAAGGGCAACAGAUUCAUGCUCUUUUGUGGAAAUUUGGGUUUGAAUCAGAAUUGUGCAUUGAGAGUGCGCUAAUGGAUAUGUACUCUAAAUGUGGAAGCAUUGAAGAUGCGUGGAAGAUUUUUGAGUCCACAGAAGAAAUUGACGAAGUUUCAAUGACUGUGAUAUUAGUUGGUUUAGCACAGAAUGGGUCAGAGGAAGAAGCUAUACAUUUCUUCAUUAGAAUGCUUCAAGCUGGUGUAGAGAUUGAUGCAAGUGUAGUCUCAGCUGUUCUUGGAGUUUCGUUUGUCGAUAAUUCUUUGGGUUUAGGCAAGCAACUGCAUUCUUUGGUUGUCAAACGAAGAUUCUCCGGUAACACCUUUGUUAACAAUGGACUCAUUAACAUGUACUCAAAAUGCGGAGAUCUGACUGAUUCACUCAGUGUCUUUAGACGAAUGUCAAAAAGGAACUAUGUUUCAUGGAACUCAAUGGUUGCAGCUUUUGCCCGCCAUGGUGAUGUGUUAGCUGCCUUGAAACUAUACGAAGAAAUGAUGACGCAAGACGUGAAACCCACAGAUGUUACCUUUUUGUCACUACUCCAUGCUUGUAGCCACGUAGGGUUGAUCGACAAAGGCAGAGAACUCUUAAACAUGAUGCGAGAUGUCCAUGGAAUUGAACCUAGGACACAACAUUAUGCAUGUAUCGUUGACAUGUUGGGUCGAGCUGGUCUUCUAAAAGAAGCAAAGAGCUUUAUAGACUCAUUGCCUUUGAAACCUGACUGUCUGAUUUGGCAGGCAUUGCUGGGUGCUUGUAGUUUCCAUGGUGACACGGAAAUUGGGAAGUAUGCAGCUGAACAGUUGUUUCAGACUGCACCUGAUAGCUCAGCAGCUCAUGUUCUCAUGGCCAACAUUUACUCAUCCAGAGGACAAUGGAAGGAGAGGGCGAAGACGAUCAAGAGAAUGAAAGCAAUGGGAGUGACUAAAGAAACAGGCAUAAGUUGGAUUGAAAUCGAGAAUAAAAUACACAGCUUUGUUGUUGAGGACAAACUGCAUCCACAAGCAGAGGCUAUAUAUGAUGCUCUGUCUGGAUUGUAUCCUGUUGUGGUAGAUGAAGGUUACAGACCUGAGAAGAAAAUUGUUCUCAAUUAUACAGGGGAAGACCAAAAGGGAGUAGCUGUCUCAGUUCCUUAA